AGACCCUCGCGUCCAUCUGAUCCACUCAUUCCUGUGUACGAUGCUGUGUCUGAGAACGCAGCUGUCGUUUUCCUCUCCAUUUUCUCUCACUUCAUCGGCUUCCAAACACUUCCGUCAGGUGCAGCGCUGGCCAUCCAGAUCAUCGACCAAGAUGAUGUCAACGGAAGCCGUGGAACACAUCGUACUGUUCAAGGUGAAAGAGGACACUGAGGCGUCAAAGGUGAGUGCCAUGGUGAACGGACUAAGCUCACUUGUCACACUGGAUCAGGUCCUCCACCUUAGCGUGGGCCCGCUCCUACGCAACCGAUCCUCGUCGUUGACCUUCACUCACAUGCUUCACACUCGCUACAAGUCCAAAGAGGAUCUCGAAGCCUAUUCCGCACACCCUAGCCACGUCAGCGUCGUCAAGGGAUCCGUGCUCCCCAUCAUCGAUGACAUCAUGGCCGUCGAUUGGGUCGCCAAGGACCUUCGCGGCGACGUGGUUCCGCCGCAGGGUUCGGCGAUUCGGGUGAGCUUCUUGAAAUUGAAGGAUAAUGUGGCUACCGAUGAGGUGUUGGAUGUUAUCAGAGAAAUUCCUGAAAAUUUCAAACAAAUUAAUCAACUCACUUGCGGGGAGAAUUUCUCGCCGGCAAGAGCUAAGGGUUUUUCGAUUGCGUCCCUUGCGGUUUUCCCAGGACCAAGCGAGUUGGAGGCGGUGGAUUCGAACCAAGAGUUGGUGAAUUAUCAGAAGGAUAAGGUUAGGGAUCAUAUCGAGAGUGUGGUGGUGGUUGAUUAUGUGGUGCCGCCACAUCCUGCUCAGUCUGCAAGCCUUUGAUGACAAGGUUAUUGCUAUGCUCCCCAUUGUAACUGUUCAAUCAAUGUUUUUUCCCCCCCAUAAGCUAAUAUAAUAUGCUCUAUUGUGAUGCAAUGUUUGUCAAUAAGGUUUCAAACUAUAAUUCCAAAUGUUGUGGUUUCCAGUUUACAGCUGAAUUUACUCGUUGACUGAUAUUCACAACUUUGACUAAAUGUGUGCAUUAUAUGAGAAACUACUACGGCAUAUUAUAGGCUACGAAUGUCUAUGAACUA